AUGUCGACAGCAGCACGGAGACGCUUGAUGCGUGACUUCAAGCGCAUGCAAACAGAUCCCCCCGCUGGUGUCAGCGCAAGCCCGAUAGCGGACAACGUCAUGACCUGGAACGCAGUGAUCAUAGGCCCAUCAGACACACCCUUUGAAGACGGCACCUUCAGACUCGUCAUGCACUUCGAGGAGCAAUACCCGAACAAACCCCCCGGCGUCAAGUUCAUCAGCCAGAUGUUCCACCCAAACGUCUACGGCACUGGCGAGCUGUGUCUGGACAUUUUGCAGAAUAGAUGGAGCCCGACAUACGACGUAGCUGCGAUCUUGACGAGUAUCCAGAGUCUACUGAACGACCCCAACACAUCCAGCCCUGCGAACGUCGAAGCGAGCAAUCUAUACAAAGACAACCGGAAAGAGUACACGAAACGAGUGCGGGAGACGGUCGAGAAGAGCUGGGAGGACUAA